AUGUGAAGUUAGUCACUACACAUCUUUGAGGUCAAGUGUAUAUGCAGCCUCUUCGAGUCAGCCUCUCCUAUUUGAUUUCAUCUCGUUAAUGUUUAACCAUUUAGUAACGAUGUAAACAAGAAAAUAGCAGAUCAGAGCGAAAGGAUUGCGUGUGUGUUUGAUGGCACUUGCCAGUUUUAGAUAACAUCUCAUGAUGUCGUAUGCCAUCAAUCUCAGUGAAGGUGUUACCCUAUUGAAUGCAACUGGCAAUGGCAACUAGCAACUACCCUAGUCAGUUAAGACGGUAGUCAUUAAGGUCGUGUUGGUGGUAGUAGUAGUAGUGAUGUCAUUGAUAUCAAUUUAGUCGGGGUCGGGAGCGUUCAACGAAGAGGCAGCGAAGAAAAACCAUCGUUACGAGUAACAGUGUGUUCAGUGUGUUCGUGUGCCUCGGUAACUGGUUAUCUUAUCGGUUUCUUUACACAGUGACGAUUGAAAAGUGCGCGAAUGUUAUACCACUCAGCAUUGACGGGGAACAAUCUGAACAAUUGAUUGUAUCCACAUAUGUAUACGUUCCUCGCCCGAUAGCUAAGUUCUUCAGUUCCCCCUCCCGCCUCUCUCUAUCGUCCAAUUCUUUUUCCUUCUGUCUUUGUUUAUUCAUAUGCGUUGGAGUACCUCCACUUUAUUACGAAUGAACGUUCCGAAGAAUACGAUUGCGUGCGUCAAAGGAAAUACGAGUCGAUCGUGACUCGUCCCGGAAUUACCGUGUUUCUUACAUUCCUACUAAUUGGCCGGCUAAUUGAAAAGCACGACGAUAAAUAAACUGACGAAUAUGCGGAAUUUAUAAAUUUGUGUCACACGGUGUUUAACGAAGCAGGGUUGCAGCGAUGUCUAAGAAGACUAGUUGCAACAAAAUGUUGGUUCAUCAACUAUCAUCUGUGUUACCUGAUGAUAGACCUAUUACUGCCAUAAGUGUCAUUGAAGAUGUAGAUAAGUGCCCACAAAAUUUCACAGUAGUGUCAAGAACAUAUGACCAGGAUACGGAUGCAGACUUAUGGAGAGAAAGUGGGCUUUUUAUUAAAAAGAAAGGCAGAUACGUAUGUUUUUCAAAGACUGAAGGUAUACCUGAGUGUGUAGUCGAGGAUAUAAUGGUCAUAAAUGAACGAGAAACACCUCCAGAAGGAUACAGCUUAAUCUCAUAUACUGUAGAUUCAAUGCAGAAGGCAUGGAGGAAGAAACAGUUGUGCUAUAAAAUUAGACAUAAGGAUUUUUGCUCGAAAGCAGUUACUGAUAUUAUCAUAUGUAGUAGGAUUAUGCAUAAAGCCUCUAAAAUGGCGCCGAAUGGAUUUAUGGCAGCUGGUGUCAUCAAUGGAGUUUGUGUUUGCUACAAAGUUGUGGAUAUUGUAAAUGGGAAUUCGAUUUCACAAUCAUAUGUUAAUAUAGAUUUACUUCAAAAUGCUUCCCCGAAUCCAUCAAAUGGAACACCUCACAGGGUACCGCCCGAAAGACCGCCAAAACCAAAGUUCUCGCCAAAACCGGCGAACGGAAUUUAUCCACAAAUUAGUGGUAGUGGGGGCAAAGAUUUGGAUGAAUCCAACGAUAGAGAUUAUGAAAUUUUGAGUCCUAACGCACGAAUUAAACCGACAAGACCAGCACCUCAACCACCCACGUCAACAGUCGUCGGAUCGACUUCGAUCUAUGGUACACUACCAGGCUCCUCUGAUUUGGACGGAGUCCCAUUCGUUCUUAACCCACGUCUUAGUGUUCAAUCCGAUUCUUCUGUUUAUAAUCUUCCUGUGAUUAAAGUCUGGACUCAAAAAGACUUGGAUAAAGAGUUCUCUUACGACUUUCGUGCAGAGAGAGAAACUUGAACGAACCACUGUGCCAAACUGAUUGUGUGAUUCUUCAUGCAAUUCUGUCAGCUAUAUCUAUACAUUUGUAUUGAUAAUAUAGCUCUAGCCAAGUGUAAUAGAGUGCCUGAACGAGUGAUUCAUACUAACCCGCAAAUGGAAUCCUUUGAAAACAUUUACUGAUGAAAUGUUCGAAUUUAAAUAUUGUCCAUAUUCCGAAGUACUUUUUUCUUCCGUGUCCUAUUUAGAUUUUGAUACCAGUGACAAUUAGUAUUGUAUUUUUAUAGAGUUGCGUUGUAUUUUUAUAGAUAGUAGAAAUUAUAUAUAUGAUUGUAUCAUACGAUUUAGUUGUUUAUAAAUAUUGUCACGAGAUA